GUUAAUUUAACGAUGUCAAAGUGGUUAGAUAUGAAUUUAACUUGUACAUAAAUUAGUUUCAAGACACAAUAACCUUAUUCAUGUAUGUUAACAUUUAUUAAUUCAAAGAUAAUCCAAUGAAUUGUGUCUUUGAACUUGAUAGUCACAAAUUAUAUUUGGGAAAUAUCAAUGCAGCUAAUGAUGCUUAAUAUCUUAGAAAACAUGAUGUUGGUGCUGUAUUAUCUGUAAUAGACACUAGUGAUAUCAAAUUAGAAAAGUCUGUUAUUCAUCUAGUAAUUUUAUCGAUUAUUAUUUUUAGUGGAUAGCAGCUGAAGAUUGUGAAAGUGUACAACUUAUUAGGUAUUUUGAUUAAGCUUCUAAUUUUAUUCAAAAUAAUCUUAAACAUACCAAUGUUUUAGUUCAUUGUUAUGCUGGUAUAUCCAGAUCAAGUUCAUUGAUUAUUGCUUAUCUACUCAAAUGUCAAGGAUAUUCAUUAAAAGAAGCUAUAAACAAAAUAAAAUCUUAAAGACCUUAAGUUGAUCCAAAUGAUGGUUUCUUAGAAUAAUUAAAAGAAUAUGAAGAUAAAUUAAAAUCAACUAAAACUAAUUAAAAUUCAAGUCUAAAUAAAAGUGCUAGCAAGUAUUUAAGUUUGAAUUCAAGUCUUGAAAAAUAAACUUCUGUCCCAAAAGGUCGUCAGAGCAUUUCAAACUUCAAUAUUUAUUGCAAUCUUAAUUCUGAAGUCACUAAAACUAAUAUUAGAAAUCUUUAAUUAAAAACUAUUAAAAUUCCCAACACUAAAUCAAGUUUUCUAGAAAAAAGUUGUAGUCCUUCCAAUAUAAACACAUAAAAAAGUUAAGGGAAGACUUUCUUUUCUAAUUCUAAACAUGAGGAUCCUUGGAAACAAUACUAAUAAAUAAAGAAUUAAGAAACAGUGUGGAAUAAAUAAAUUUUGGGAAUGAAAAAUAUUUAUAGUAAUCACAGUAGAUAGCAUUCUUUGAAUCAAUGAAUUUGAAAUUGAUAUUAUUGUAAAUAUG